AUGACUCAAUAUUCAACACCUUAUACAAGACAACAACCAUCAAGAAGUCUGACUAGUCAUAACGACGAUUCUUUAAUACUACAGCAAAACUAUUCUUCAGUUCGUGCAGCAGUUAGUAAAUUUGAUAUGCCACAGAAACCUACUAGUUCUACUUCAGCGCAUCCACAUCAAUAUCCACCCCCGCUACCAUCGCGUUCCUUUGUGCCGAUUUCCGCGAGAAACAAUCAUACUGAUUACGAUAGUGAAACUCCGCCAUCUUCAGUUGGUUCGGCUAAUAGUGAUCGAUUACGACAAACAGAAUCACGAGUAAAUAAUGUGUCGACUAAGAAUCCAAUAGUCGAAAAUAGUAAUCUUCUCACAAAACCAAUUAGAUCGGCACCAAAAAUCGACAAUCAAACAGCAAAACAAUCGAAACCGAUUUAUAGCCGUCGAAGAACUCCACCACCAAUUCCGACAAACAGUCAAGAUCAGCGAACAUUUAGAAGAGAUAGAACGAAUGAUGCCAUCUAUAUAAAUCAUGGCGGUGAAUUUGACGAAGUCCAAGUAAAUGAUUUAUAUGAACUACAGGAUGAAAGCGAUAUGGAUGAUUCCGGAACAUUUACAGCCGUUGCAAAACCAGCAUUCGUUUCUCGAGAACCUCCUAUUCUAUUAUCAACACAAACUCAUGAUAACGGUCGAUCAAAGAUCAUAACCAAUGGCUAUCGACAGAAAGAUGAAAGAUCAGUACAAAAAUUAUCAAGUCAAUCUAAAAAUAUUGAUAUGGAUAGUAUUGGAUUAGAAAUACCUGAACCGACUAAGACAAGUCGAAAGCAUACCGUAUCUCACAAUGAACUUAUAUAUGAUCACCGUAGUAAUGUACAACGUGCACCAUUUGAUACUAUAAAUUAUGAACAGAAUCAAAAUCAAAUUGACAAACAAUACGAAGAUAGAUCAACGAUUGCUAUGUAUCGUCCACCUCCGCCUCCACCAUUGCCACCUCUAUCUGCGCCGCUUUCACCGUUUCGUCGAGGACAACAGCAACGCUUUGCCGAGGGAGAAACACACGUAUACAUUCCAGAGCGGCAUUUUCCGUCGUCGAAUUUUCUACUGGGAAUCGGUGCAUUACUCGCUGUUUUUAUUCUUUGUAUGGUACUCGUUUUGGCCAUACGAGAAGAUGAAACAAAGCUUCGAACUACCAUGCAGCUUGUUUAUUCUUAUGUCUAUCUUGUUUCUAUUAUAUGGAUGGUAUGGUGUACAGUUGAUAUAAUUAAGUUUCGUCGACAAUGGAUGAAAUUAACAGCGCCCGCUGGCAAUCACGAAGAAUAUAUGGAUAUAGCUGAACGUCAUCCACAUAAAAUGUUUUAUUUUCCUGAUAUUCAUAAUACUGGCGGAUUGUUUAUGCGAGUAGGCGCUGGGUUACUUUGUAUGGGCGGUCUAAUACUGACUAUUAUUGAAUUAGCAAAAACAAUAACAACACCAAGACCUAAUAUAAUCCAUCGAGCUUCACCAGUCCACUCUUAUUCCCUAUCAGUCGUGGCAACAAAAUCGAUUACAUAUGUACUUCGAUUUAUUUUCCAUUGUGUACAAUUUACAUUUAUUUUUCGAUAUGGUAAUAUUGUUAUUAAUCGUUACCAUUCAAUUGCAAAAAUUGGUCUUAGUCAUCUAGUUAUUGCUAAUUUUUGUACAUGGUUUGAAGCUAUUGUAUUUGAAACUUUGGAACAACUGCACAAAAGUACAACGACUGCUCCCAUAUCAAAUUAUCUGCCAAAUAUAACGCUAGCAUCCACUACAUCAAUCAUGGCAACUUUAUCCACUACGACACUAUUCACAAGUUCAAAUGAAACAACGAACGAUGGUGAUAACUCUACGGUUAUCGUCGUGAGCUUUAUCAAAGCAAUUUCUUCUGCUGCUUCAACUAAUAGCAGUAAAGGCACAAGUACAUAUGAACUCUUCACUCGAAUUGAAUCAACAAUGAAUGUUUAUUUAUAUCCAUGUUUAAUCGAAUAUAGUCUUAUAUCAUUAACUGUAUUCUUCCUUAUGUGGAAAAACGUUGGUAAAACUAGAGAACCAUCCCUUCUACGUUUCAGCGAUCGUCAUAUAUUCACAGUCAAUUGUUCACGUGCUUCACGUGGUUUACUCGGCGGCGGUAUCAUACUUCUGGUAACAAUUCUAACGCUCAUUCCAACAUAUCUACUUGGCGAAGACGCAAUAUCAGUGACACAUAUUACUGAACUUGUGCUACUUUUUGUUUCCCUAUUUUUUGUUGGCAUAUCGUUCCUACAAACGACUAAACUCUAUCACGAUCCACAUGCGCAUGUUGAUGCAUUCGAUCGAGUGCUCAUUUUAAUAACGACAGUUGGAGAUUUUGCAUAUUCAUUUUUUGGAUUGUUCGCAUCGAUAUUCGGUGAACAAUCAGCAAGUAAAUUACCGCUUGCCGUUGAAAUAUCAAUUGGACUUCUUGCCAUACUACAAACAUUUUUUCAAUCAGGUUUUAUUUUGGAUACAUUACAUCGACGAACGAGAACAAAAGAAGAAAUUAGAAAUAAACCAGGACGAGAAGCAGUCACAGCUUUGCUACUAAUCAAUCUCUCAAUUUGGUUGCAUGAUUCAUUAUCAGCAAAAAAAGUUCGAUUAAAUCCAAUACAAGUUCAAUAUUAUGAUGCUGGCACAUGGGCUAUUAUUCAAGCGUUCACAUCACCAUUAUCAAUAUUUUACCGUUUCCAUUCAAGUGUAUGUCUUGCUGAUAUUUGGCAAGAAGUCUAUCUUGACAAUGAUAGAACAAAGUCAAUAGGAGCGCUUGGAAACCGUUCUUCAAGGCAUAUGAGCGAUAAUCAUGAAACUGAACAUUGA